AUGGCCGUCUCAACAGUGAUGGGCAACGCUGGCAGGGGUUGCACUUGGGUUGCCCUUCAUAAUGGAGGCGGGGUCGGUUUCGGCGAAGCCAUAAACUGCGGGUUUGGCUUAGUUUUGGACGGCUCUCAAGAAGCACACGAUAAGGCACUUAAUAUCCUUAGUUGGGAUGUGAUGAAUGGCGUGAGUCGGCGCUCAUGGGCUGGCAAUCAAUACGCAAAACAAACCAUUCAAGACAUUAUGCAAAACAAUAACAAAGUUUGUGUCACUCUUCCCAAUGAAGUGGACGACAAACUGAUCGACAAUUUGUAAUUCAAUGGAUUCAAUGGCAAUAAAACUAAAACUAAUAAAAAUAAGUUUUUAAAAACUAA